AUGCGAUUUCGACGCGUCGGGACGAAGGCAUCGACGCGUUCGCGACGACGACGCGCAUGCGCGCGCCGCACGUCUUCAGAGGCGAGCGAAACGACGGCGGUGCGAACGUGGCGCGACGCGAAGCGCUUCGCCGACGCGGGCCAGGGAGCGCGGACGACGGUGCUGACGUCUCGGGAGGGCGCUCGCGGCGCGUUCAUCAAAGCGGACUGCGACGCGAAUGAAUCCGUCACGUUCGAGGAGGCUUGCGAGGCUAUUUUUGAGCACGGUGAGCGCGUGUACGCGCGUGCGGAGUGCACGACGACGCUCGCGGUCGAGGCGAACGUCGGGGCGGUGGGUGAGGUGUUCGCGGAAGACGUCGCGUUGAGAAAUUGCGGCGUUUGGUUCGGCGCGGCGGGUAACGUGACGCCUUUGCAUUAUGAUUUAUGCCAUGGGUUUUUGAUCAUGAUUCGAGGCGUAAAAACCUUUACGAUAUUUCAUAAGGAUGACUUUCGCGCGAUGUAUCAGCGGAGUGAUCGCCCGGAACUGUCGCGCGUGAAUUUGGACGCGUGGUACGCGGGCGACGCCGACGAGCGAGAUCGGUUUCCAGACUUUGAAGACGCGACACCAUUGACGUUCACACUUUAUCCGGGCGACAUGAUAUACACGCCGCCUUUCUUUUGGCACCACGUGCGAACGCACGACGGCGAACCGGCGAUUUCUGUCCUGGUACCGUUUGACCUCGACGCCGAAGAACCCGUGCACGUCAGCCACUUGUAUUAA